GAUGCUAGGUUGUAUAACAUCCGUUGCAGUAAUAAUAAGCCAAAGAGAGCUCCCUAUUUAAUCAUUAAUGUCUAUCAUUUUUUCAGAAACAUAUGAUCAGAGGAAACAACAAUGAAUCCUCUUCUUGUGCUUGGAUCUAUUCUUUGUUUAGUUUCUCUUUCUUAUGCAAGGGAUAUCAAAAUGGGGGUCUUUCUUCCUUUCACUGGUGGUUGGCCUGGUGGUCCCAGGAUGGCAUCAGCAAUUCUGAUUGCUAGGGACAAAGUAAACAGUGACCCUUACUGGCUUCAAGGACAUAACCUGACCUUUGUAGUUAAAGACAGCAAAUGUGAAGCAAGAGCAUCUCUUGCAACAUUGGUGGACUAUUACACAAUAGAAAACCCCAAAGUUGAUGUCUUCAUUGGUCCUGGAUGUUCAGUGGGAUGUGUCCCUGGUGCCUACAUAGCAGCUCACUGGAACAUUCCCAUGGUAUCUUGGGGAUGCGCAGCGACAGUACUAUCAGACAAAACACUCUAUCCUUAUUUUGUACGGACAACUGGUACAUUUGCUGGUUUGGGAGGUCUCUUAAGGGCCAUCUUAGCAAAAUUCAAAUGGGAUCGCAUGCUUAUCUUCAACGAGCUGGGCCUGUUGAAUGGGGAUUAUGUGAUAAUUUCCUCUGAGACACUUUAUGAGUCAUGCCAAGCUGGUGAUGAAAGAGAUGAUGAGGCUUGCAAAGCUUAUGAAGGAAUGAUUGACAUUAAGGAGGAUCCUACUUGGCCAUACAUCUUAGCAGGAUGUCUUACCUUUGUUUUAGUUGUUUCAAUUUUAGUGGGGUUUUUAUUGUGGCAGAGGAAACAAGCUUUUGAAGCAUCACUAUUGGCUCAAACAUGGAAAGUGAAAUAUGAUGACAUAAAAUGGCCAAAGUAUAAAAGAAAGCUAGGGAGUAGAAAGAGUAUGCAAAGUAUGGCAGGAAGUGAGCAUGGCUCUGUUGAGGAGUUUCGGGGACAAAUAUUCACUCUUCUUGGAAUUUAUGAGGGGAAUUUAGUGGCAGUCAAAAGAUUACAGAAGGCCAAAGUUGCUCUGGAACGUAAAGUGCUGUUGGAACUGAAAGAGAUGAAGGAUAUCAACCAUCAAAAUGUCAACCUGUUCAUUGGUGCCUGUAUUGAUCCUGAAAACAUUUGUAUCUUAACCCAGUACUGCAACAAAGGAAGUCUCCAGGAUGUGUUGCAUAAUGACACCUUUAAGUUGGAUUGGAUGUUUCAGAUGUCAAUUUCAUCGGACAUUGCAAAGGUGUGUACAGUUUUUGGUACUGCAGUCAGUUUGAUGCUCUAUCGACCUUACCAUCUUCAUAUUCUUGCUAAACCAUUUGAGAUAAAUUCCAUGUGGCUUUUUACCAAAAGGUACACAAUAUUUCUAAUGAGCAUUUUUGGACAUACUCUCUAUGUUGACAUGAUGAAACUGUGCUGGGAUCAGGACCCACUCGCCAGGCCUAAGUUUUCGGACUGCAUCAAAUAUCUUAAGCAGAUGAACAAAGGAAAGUAAGUGAACAUCUUACAACCUGUGCUCACGGUCGCUGAUAUUUGAUGGUAUUUACGAUGACAUCUUUUGUAUUCACUCUCAUGCUACUUACUUCUUUGUUUGGUUUUGUUUGAUGACAGGUCUGUGGCAGAGGAACUUAAGAGAGGGCAGCCUGUUACUGCCGAAACCUUUGACUCCGCUACACUUUUUUUCAGUGAUAUCGUUGGUUUCACCAAGCUAGCAUCUGAGAGCACGCCCUUACAGGUUGUUGACUUGCUUAACGACCUGUACACUUGCUUUGACGAAAUCAUUGACAUGCAUGAUGUCUACAAGGUUGAGACCAUUGGUGAUGCCUACGUGGUCGCUUCCGGGCUGCCAAACAGGAAUGGAAUGAGACAUGCUGGCGAGAUCAGUAACAUGUCCUUAGAUUUGCUGUCAGCAAUGACUACUUUUAAAAUAAGGCAUGUUCCAGGAAGGCAGCUACAGCUCAGAAUUGGGAUUCAUACAGGUCCCGUGGUUGCCGGGGUUGUUGGUCUCAAAAUGCCGCGAUAUUGCCUGUUUGGUGACACGGUCAACUAUGCGUCAAGAAUGGAGUCUUCCGGUUUGGUUUUUCUUCCUUUACCUCCCGUAGAGUCAUUUUAAUGGAAACACGAACAUUUGUCUGAUAGACUUGUUUUUUAAAAAACGUGCUAGGUUUGUUUCGAGCUUACGUGUCCAUUCACUGUAGUUUUAUCUUGGUCUCAGUGUCUUCAUUUAAAACUGUUAGACAAAAUAAGAAGACUCUUAAACGUGCUUACUCGAUACAAAGCCUAAAGUUAAAACUCCGUCGUCAUGAAAUGUCAUCGUUCUGAAAGAUUAAUUAGAAGGCAUGCUUACGGGGUCUUAAAAGGAUAUUUUGGAUUAUUAAAAAUCUCAUUAUUACUUCUCUAUUUCUAUUUCCUCCCAUUUACCUGUUCCGUUUUUUUUUCCUGAUAUUUAUUCCCAGUUUAAAAGAAAAUUCUACCUUCUCUGGAUCUUACCCCGCGGAAAUCUUUCAAUAAAGCAAACUAUGAUCGAAUUAGGGCAAAUCUAACCCAUUUCUAAACCAUUACUGUAUAUCUUUUAGUCUGCUAUUCAGUUACGGUCGAAAUUAAUCUAGUAACGAAUAAGUCACGUAAAUGUGUCAAAGUGAAGUGAUAGUCAAAUGCUAUCUUGAUUUUUAAUUCACCUGACGUACUGUUUCAAAGCAGAUCUCCUGGAACGAAUUUCCCAGUCCUUGUCCAGUCGAUAAGGCCGUUCGGUAUUUUAGCUCCAUCUGUGAGAAGGUCCAAUAAUGCUGUCCACGAAGAAAAUCUCUAUACAAUGAAUAACUAAACCAUCCACCGCAGAUACGCUGAAGUAACUGUACUGUCGAGCGAUUCAUUCAGUUGAAGACGUUCCCUAUUUUAAGAAAAAUCAUGGCCAACUUUACAAAAUAGCCUUAAUGAUUAGCCAUAUGAGCUUUUCUUCUUUUUUGUUUAUUCAUUUGGGGGUUGUAAAAUCAAUAUCUUCCUCGUUUUCUUCUCUUUUUCUCUUUGUCCUAUUUUGUCAUAUGUUUGUUUUUAGUUUUGAGUCGUUUUUCUUCAGUUGUGUAAAAUUUUCUCGGUGCUUAGCAAGCAGUCUGGAAAUAGGCCGAACCGAUCUAUUCGAAAAUUCCAUUUUGAGCAUUGAAACUGAAAUUAAAUCUGCAUCAGUCAAGGCCUACGUGAGGCUAAUUUUGGAAAUCCCCAUUUCUUGUUUCUGAACCCUUAUAACUUAACUUAUAGUUUAAUCGAAGUAUUUUUAGGUGAUUCAUGCAUUCAUUCCCCUUGCAUUUUGAGAAUUUUUCUUCACCAAUGACAGUAGCACUUUCGUCAAUUUGAGCUAUUCAAAAGGUUAAUAUGAAGAAUAUAAAAUGUU